UACUAACUUCACCAUAAGAAUUUGCUAAUAUCUCAAUUGAGUUAGAUCUAGAACAGGGGUACAAAACAUACGGCCUGAUGAUUCCAUGGGGCCCGUAGGCCAAGUAACGGAAAUGUAAUGCGGCGAUGUAAUGGAAAUGUAAAGAAUUAUCUACACAAAAAUUCAGUUAUUUAUAUGUCCACUAGAGGUCCUCUUGUCGGCAUCCUUAGGAUAUACGUGCCUACUGUUGCUACUGGUUACUUGUAAUUUUUGGGUAUUUCCAACGUAACUUGAUACCGUGGGUAUGUGAAAAAUGUCUCUUUCUAAAAGCAGAAGAUGGAUUCUGAAUGCCGUAUAUGCCAAGAAAAAUGGACAGCAGAAUAUUUAUUUUGGGAAAUGAAUAAAUAUUUGAAUAUAUGAAUAAUUAUAAUUAAAAAUUUAUUUAAUUUGCUCCCAGCAAGUGGCAGUCCUCAAAGAAUUUAAUAUUCAACGGCAUUACGAUACAGAUCAUGCGAAGAAGUACAGCCAUCAUACUGGCCAUGCAAGGACAGACAAGAUCGAAUGAAAAGCUUCUGGUCACAGUUGGGAUGUGAAGAUGGAUCACACUUCUUGACAGAGAAAGGAACUAUGCUGCAGGAAAACUAAGCAUGGCUGCCCAUCGAAUUCGAACAACUAAUAACAACAAUGCAAUACCUCGGUGCAAGUCUGAGGGAACACUUAUUGAACUAAGUUCUGGAGUGUCAGAAGCCACUCUCUCUGAUGUUAAAGUGCCCAGCCCAAGCACUUUACGACUGGAAGCUACUGCUUCAAUUGAAGCUGCAAGAGAAGUCAUUGCCAUUAAAGAUUAUUGUCCAUCAAACUUCACCACCCUAAAGUUUUGUAAGGGAGACCAUCUUUAUGUUCUUGACACAUCUGGUGGGGAGUGGUGGUAUGCCCAUAAUAACACAGAGAUGGGAUACAUCCCAGCAGCCUAUGUCCAGCCUGUCACACAUCGAGAAUCUUUAUCCUGUGACAGUGGCAUGAUUGACAGCCUAGGAGACAUUUCUAAUGAUGGGUCCAAAGUGCUAGAUCAACGUGGAGAGUGGUCAGAGCACAGAAGACCUACAGUUCCUCAAAACGGAAACCCUUUUGUAAUGAAGCGGAUGUCUCUCAACCCAUUCCUUGAUGGCUCCUUGCUAACUGAUCAAAACAGUAUCCAGAGUUCAACAGACCGCCUUGGUUUCAAUAUAUCCUCCUCUCCAGACUCAAAAAACAGCAGCAGUAUUAACUUCAAUAAGUUUGGAAGUAAUGUUUUGGAUACAUAUUGCUUAAGCCCUGGCACAGAGAAAGGUCCAGUUCUUCGAAGGAACAAUCCAUUUUAUAGGAGCAAGCGUUGUUACAGUUUGUCCGAACUGUCCAUCUUGCAAUCACAGGUAGAUGCACCUCCAGAAUUCUCUGGUUUUUUUAAUAGCUUGAAAGCCCCUACACCUGAGCAGUUUCAGAGUAGAGAAGACUUCAAAAAUGCCUGGUUGAACCACCGCAAGUUUACAAGGUCCUGCCAUGACCUAGAUUCCAUUGGCCAAAAUCCUGGAUGGGGUCAAACACAACCAAUAGAGACCAAUAUUGUGUGCAAACUGGACAGCUCAGGUGGUGCUGUUCAGUUACCCGACACUAGUAUCAGCAUCCUUGUACCUGAGGGCCAUGUUGCACCAGAUGACACUCAGCAGAUAUCUUUAAAGGCCUUGCUGGACCCACCAUUGGAGCUUAACAAUGACAAAUGUACUACUGUGAGCCCAGUGGUGGAGAUUAAGCUUAGUAAUAUGGAAACUAAAACCACUGUAACAUUAGAGAUGAAAAUAUCUGUUGUAGUCAAGAUGGAGAGUCGACAAACGGCAGAAGUGAUCUGUGUCCGCAGUGACUGCAAGGAUGGACCCUAUGUUCCAGUUCCUCAUGUUUAUAUGUAUGGAGAUACAGUCCAGGUAACCUUGGACAAUUUAGAGCCAUGCAUGUAUGUAUCCGUUGUAGCUCAGGCCCAAGUUGUAACUCCAUAUAACACAGUCUGGGAGCAUGUUGUAAAGAAAGUUGCACUUGGCGUAUAUGGUCCCAAGCAUAUCCAUCCGUCCUUUAAGACAGUUGUUGCCAUGUUUGGCCAUGAUUGUGCCCCAAAAACAUUAUUAGUAAGUGAGGCUAAAAUGCAGUCACGCUGUAUUCCACCAGUAUCCCUGCAACUCUGGGGAAAACACCAGUUUGUACUUGCAAAGCCUCAAGAUCUUAAGGUUGGUGUGUAUUCCAACAUCUCAAAUUUUGAUGUGAAAAUUAGUGAGCAGACAAGAGUGGUGAGGAGUUUUCAUCUGAAACUUGGCAAAGUAUCACACCUCAUCUACAUGAUAUCUGCUCGAGAUCCGGACAGCAUCUCAGACUUUACUUUGCGCAUUCAGGUUAAAGAUGACCAGGACUGCAUCCUUGCCCAGUUCUGUGUUCAGACACCACCUCCUCCACCGAAGGUUGAAGCAAGCUCGGUGCAGAGGCGCUUUCUAAAGAAAAAGGAAAUGCACAAAUCUGUACUGUCACCUCUCAUCGGAGUCACAAAAUACCCUGUGUUUCAUGACAGACCAGUCAAAAAUAUCAAGUUUGGAAAGCUACUGAAAACUGUCCUUAGACAGACAAAGAGACAGUAUUUGUUGGAGUAUGUGAAAGGGGAUGUUGUGGCACUUCUAAGUGAAGAAAAACUCAAACUUAAAGGGCAUCUUUGGACCAAGGAGUGGUACAUUGGAUACUAUCAAGGCAGGAUUGGAUUGGUACAUGCCAAGAACAUUCUUAUAAUGGGAAAAGUCAAACCAGUUAAUUUCAAGGGGGCUGAGCUUACCUCUAGUGUUCUUCUGGACCAAAUUCUAAUCCCUUGCAAAUGUCUCACUUACAUGUAUGCCUCAUUGAGGACUAUACUGAUGGAAAAUGUAAAUAGUUGGAGAGCAUUUGCUGAUGCCUUGGGCUAUGUCAACCUUCCUUUGGCACACUUUUGUCGUGUUGAGCCAAACGGUGAGGCAGAAAAAGUGGCCUGUGUUCUUGAGAAGCUUAAAGAAGACUGCAACACAUCUGAAGUAAAGCAAAGGAAGUCUUUCCAAAAGGAGCUCCUUAUGGCCCUGUUGAAACUGGAUUGUCAGGGGCUGGUGGCUCAGUUGCUGAAGGACUUUGCGCUUCUCACUGCAGCAGUGGAAGUGGCUGACCGCUGGAGAGAGCUUGCGGAAAAACUGGCCAAAGUGUCACGCAAACAGAUGGAUUCUUACGAGGCUCCUUACCGAGGCACGGAUGGCGUGAUAGACAACGAGGCCAUGUGGAAGCCGGCAUAUGAUUUCCUGGUAACGUGGGCAGCCCAGAUUGGUGAUAGUUACAGGGACAUACUCCAGGAGCUUCACACUGGCCUUGAUAAAAUGAAGAACCCCAUCACCAAGCACUGGAGGCACUUAACAGGAACACUCAUCCUCAUCAACUGCCUGGACCUGUUACGGAGCACUGCCUUCAGCACCACCCCCCAGGAUGACUGCGCCGUAUAGACAUCACGGAUUCAUCCGAAAUGACACCCUUUCCACAAUAUAGUGCAAUACGUAUAUGAUAUACAUCAUGUUCAAAAGCAUAGUGGCAGACUCCAUGACAUAGCAUGUAAAGUUUACCCAUAAUCCUCAAUGCUGUUAGUAGAUGAAAUAAGUAAUGCUUUUAAGCAUGCCUUCAUUGAUUUCCCUUCGCCAUUUCUUCCAGCUUAGUUCCCAUCGGCAUCUUAAUAGCUGUUUCACGACUCCUGAGAGGACAGAGGGAUCCAGACCACGUGACUGUAGAUACCCUUUUCAAAAUAUAAUAAAACAGUGGCAUCUGUAAAAUCAUCUAUAAAUUAGCUAGCUAAUUAGCAAGCUGAUAGAGUCAAAAGAAAUAGACUGCACUAUUUUGUAUAGUCAAGAACUAAAUCAAAUUCCAGUUGUCCAGAGACGAUUAACACUAUGAUGCAAGUGGCCACUCCUUUGAUACACACUUCCUAGUAAACAGGGAAAGUCUGCAAGGUAGUGGUGCAAACAGUAUUGGAAAGCAAGAAUUGUGGUUUUCCACUGGGGCUGAAUCACAUUGAAAAUUCACACAGACUAUUUCUUUAUCUAUUGAUGAAAUAGGGGUCAUUCCAUCUCAAGUGGUCCAGUGCAGGUUGUUCUGUGUAGGUCCGUGUAGUUUCCAUGAAGGUCCUUAUUUUUUUUGGCUGGAGUUAUUUCGUUUUGUGGCAUGCUCUCAUAAACCGAGUGUAAUUUAACUAACUGAAAACGUGCAGAAUCCAUCAGUGGCAUUGUCAAACAUGUUGCUUCGCUCCAGGAAGUUCAUUAUGUGCUUUUGAAAGGCAGCGAAAGGUUACAGUAAGUGAGGAUGAUAUGUCCACCGGGAUUUUACACCGACAUUAGUUUUAAUAAUGUUCAAUUAUUAUAUAAUUGAAACGUUUACUCAAAAAUUCCAGCGUGUAUUAGAGCUGCAUAUUUACACCUGAGAAUGUUCUGACGCGGUCUCACAGCACAAGUUGCCUAAGGGGCCGUCUUGCAAUUCCACCCACUGAGUUAAAACGUCGACGUUGUCCACAUAUUAAUUAAAAUGCCAUAAGUUUAAACAUACAAAAGUUAUUUAAAAACAUAUGUUUUUACAUUCUAAAAGCUGUAGCAGGCUCACAAUUAGAUGGCUGACUUAUUUACAGGCGAGAUCUUGCCAAUAACUCUUUUUAUACAAAUACAGUACAAAAUUAUUUAAAAACAAAUAAAUAAAUCACUAUAUUUCAUCUAAAUGUUUUUUUUUUCACAUUCCAAAAGUUGUAGUGUCCAGACUGAUGUACUACAAGUGAGAUUUUGCCAAUACCUCCCUUUGCUAAUGGUGGUGUUGAUAUCCGUGUGACUGUCGCCUCUAUAGAAUAAGGGAAGUGGAAAGUGAAUAUCCAGCGAAUAAUGAAUCUAAAAUGAAAUAACUCCAACUCAGAAAAUAAGACAGAGAGAAACUAUAAAUGAGGCAUAUUUGAAAUAUUUAAAAUUUUUGAGCAAUUUUUUAAAUUAAUUUUAAUUGGAGUUAAUUAGUAAUUUAAUUUUCAAUAUUUAAAAAUGUGUCUAUUUAUAUUUAUAUUAUGUGUCUAUAAUAUUUAAUGAAUGUGUCAUCAUUUGUAUUUUAUUUUUCAAUUUUGAAACCAAAAACGAAUUAAUGCAACAUACACGGACCCAGGUUGCUUGACUGUUUUUAAUAUUACUAUUUUAUUUUUUGAGUGAUUACCUCUAUGUAUUGGCAUUGCAAAAUCACCAGUUUUUUUUGUUUGUUUGUUUUUGUUGUUGCUGCUGUUCUUUAUUUUACUUGGCUUAACAUGGUACACAACAAAUUUUGGUUAUACAGCUGUUUACCGAAACCUCAAUAUCUUGGGUCAGGAUGGUCCUAGCUCUUUGGAACAAAAACUGAUCUCUAGAGCACAUUACAAUGCGCAUGUAUAUAUAAACAUUUUGCAGAUUCUUGUUCCUAAGACUUAGUACUUAAGUCCAAUUGUAUUGCUCAAGAUUGCUCACAGUUCCACUUAUAGAGUCAAUUUAUAAUGGUAAGGAUUCAAGUCUCAGUCUUAAUUUUUUUAGGGGGUACCUAGUAUAGUGUGCAUGCAGGACAUUUCAAGUAUGAGACUUCUCUCAUUUAUUUUUUAUAGGUGCUAAAAAGUGCCUUUUUUUUAUUCCCCUCACUUUCAGGUUGAAUAUCUCUGGUGGGGGACCAGAUACGAACCUCUAUAGUAGCAUGUAAAAAUUGUGAGUUUGACAUUAGAGGUCAGUUCUGCAGGACAGUGGAUCUCGAGAGCCUGAUUUAAAGAACCAGCCUGAUCUAUCAUGUUGGUACAGGUUUACAAUUGGUAUGUGUGAAUAGAUAUUUUCUAAAUAUUGAUUUACAGUGUUCAGUUGGGUGUGUUAUAAAUGAACAGUGUCAAACAGAGCCAUGCAGUUGAUUCUCCUGUGAUGAAAACAGUAAGUGACUUCUGAGCCGUAGCCACUUACUGCUUUUAUCACAGGAGAAAUAACACCAUAGCUCUGUUCUGUUUGUUCUGUAAAAGCUGAAAUGUUCUGCAUGCACACAAUACUUCCAUAGGUACACCCUAAAAAAAUUAAGACUGAGACUCGAACCUUCCCAUUAUAAAUUGACCCUAAAAUUUGAACUGUGAGCAACCUUGAACAUUAAAUUUGAACUUAAGUUCUAAGUCUAAGGAACAUAAAUGUGAAAAAUGGUUAUAUAUGUACAUGCAUCUUGCAAUGUGCCCUAGAGAUCAGAUUUUGUUCCAAGGAGCUAGGCCCGUCCUGAGCCGAGACAUCUAAGUUUCCGUAAAAGCUGUAUAACCAAAAUUUGUUGCAUGCCAUGACACAAAGAUGGCCGUUGCGGUUAAGUAAAAUGUUUAAAAAAUUGUGGUUUUACAAUGCCAAUACAUAGAGGUAAUCAAUGAAAAUAAUAAUAAUUAGAAAAAUUAAAAAUGUUCCACUUGAGAUGGAAUGACCCACAGGCUUAGUAAAAAAUGUGUUUACUGAGAUAGUAAGGAAUCCCUGACUGAGCAAACCCUUACAAUUACAGCUGAAUAAUAUGAAGGUGUAAUAUCUAAGUUGUGAUCAAAUGCAGCACUGUGCACUUUUCUGUUAUCAUGAGUAACACCACUACUGAGCAGCUUCACUUUUUACUCACAGUAAGAACUAGGUGAUUAAUUAUAUGAAUAUAUUUUUGUAUUGGGCACAAAGGUGCAGCGGGUUGAAUUACCUUCACAACUGCUCCAGGGUCCCUGGUUCAAUCAUGAGUUUUGCAAAUUCUUUCCAUGUCCAUGUGGGCUUACCUCCGUGAUUUCUGGUUUUCUCCAUCACCAACCCCCCACGCCCCAACCACACACAAAAAAACAACAACAUGGUGGUAGGUGAAUGAAUGAAUGAAUGCCUUUUAUUGUCACUAUACACAUGUACAAUGAAAUUAAGAGCCACUCCUUUUUGUUCCGUGCAAACAUAUACAUUCAAUAGAGAAUGAGUGUGGGGGUAUGAUGCCCUGCAAAGGACUACCGUCCCAUAAACAGUGUACCCGUGCCUUGCACCCAGUAUUCCUCACAUAGACUCUGGAUCCAGCACAACCCUGACCAGGAUAAAGCCCUUACUCAAGAUGAAUGAAUUAAUAUGUUUGUACUUAAUGUUUGGUUUCCCUGCCAUUUCCUUAUUUCCUUCAGAGUUUUACAUUUUAACAUGCUCUCUUUUGCAGGCUUGGCUUGCAAACUUAAAUAUCAACCUCUGCAUCUUGUAUCAUAUUUUUUGCCACUCAUUUUGCCAUUCAUAGUACCCAUUGGCAUGUACUGUAUGUUUCAGUGAAAUAAGCAAUCUGACAGUAGGUAAUGUCAAACUACUGACUGAACAUUCAUCAUGUAAUAAAGUUCACACUGGGCUUAAUUUAAUUAUAGGUUCCUUAAUGUUCACAUGGCUUUAAUCAAACGUGAUUAAAUUGUGUUUUAAUCAUGGGUGUUUACCAUCACGCCUAUCAGUUUCACACAUACCACUUAAUUCAAGCAUGAUGUCAACUCUAAGACUGUUGAUGCUCAUGAACACAAAGCCAAAACACAUUAUGUUAAGUAUUGAUAUUAGUUACAGAUUAUUUUGCUGUAGAUUUAGAAUUGUUUGUAUGGAGCAUGUCAAAUCCUGUUUUGACAAUGCACAUAUUUGUUACACAUUCAAAUGACUGAAAGAAACAAAUAUAAUGCUUGAAAUAUUGUGCCAAAUACUGUAUUUUAUGUAUGUCCGCCCAUUGAAAUUGAAUUGUAUAUGUACAUGGAUUUUUGCAGAUACUAUUUCUUACCAUUUAUCAAGAAUUUUUCCACUAAGGUUCAUACGGACCACUGUCUAGAAAUGACGAUUUAGCAAUAUCUCAAUAUGUCUCUACUGCACCAAAUUAACCAUUUCAUUUUAUUUUCACAUGUAAUAUGCUUAAUACUUUUUGUGCUACUGAUGAGUUGAUAUUUUCCCAAAGCAUUUUUCUUCUUUGACUUACUUGUUUGAUAUACACAUGUAAAUGCAUAUUCAUAUGAGUGUAAAUAUUAUGUCUGAAUCGACUGACUACAAAACUCUUCUUUUUUUUUACAAAAAACACUGUACCUGUCCUCACUGCAUGUUAUAUUAUUUUGAUAAAAAGGACACUGUUGUCUUGUA